AUGGCUUAUACUACUACUUCGUUGCCUGCGGCUCUGAAUGGCGACGCUCAACCCAGUUUAAAUAUCAACAAUUCUCUCCCCAACCCUCCAAAAUUACACCAUGUCAUCACGUCUUUUUCGCCCGCAACUCAGACCUCCUCGACAACCUCUUAUAUGUCUUCGCUCACAACUACUCCCUCAUCUCUUUUCCCCACUUCCAACCAUUCGAAUGCUUCUAGCCCUUCAGGCACACCAUUACAGAUCGCUGCCGACGCCCUUCGGGGGCGUUUAUCUUCUUUUCCUCCCGUUUCGCUUUCCUCUUUCGAACUUGGAGAGUCAAUGAUGGCUGUCCCAGGUAAUCCGGCGACCUCAAAUGUGGACUCUGCGGGCCCCAAUCCGAAUAAAGGCGCUGGCCUGAUGCGGAGAAUAUCGAGAGGCGCAGCCAGCAAGCUCACGCGAAGAAGACAAUCUGCGACUCACAGUGAUAAACGAGAUCGCAGCUCCGGUCCGGUCAUCAUGCGGCGACGCAGCGACAGUAAAACCGCAGCUCAGACCGGACGUGAGUGUGCUCUUGAUUCUAGCAACGAAGAAGAUAGCAACGACGCGGUGGAUUCUCUGGGUGCCUGGUGUGGCUCGGAAGCGUCCAGUCUCCCGAAUGAUGCCAACAUGAUGGCCUCGCGCAACGCGGGCGCUGUUGCGCCCAAAGUUGAUUCGGCGAUUCAGCGCGGGACGGUGUUGACGAAAGUGACUAAGAAGCGCAAGAAGCAGGUGCGCUUCUUCCUCAACCUUGAUGCAGGCAAGGUUUACUGGGAUCUGUCAAACCCGGCGAAACGCUUUUAUAUUGACGAUAUCAAGGAGGUCCGCGUCGGAGCGGAUGCGCGCAACUAUCGCGAGGAACACCAAGUUCCUCAGGAUGUUGAAGGCCGCUGGUUCACCAUCGUCAUUGCUGAUCCUGAAAAGUCCAAGGGUCGGUCCGUCAAGACGUUGCACCUCAUUGCUCCCAAUGACCAUAUCCUUGAACUUUGGACAACGACUCUGGAGAAUAUCUCUCAGUAUCGAAUCAAUCUCAUGGCUGGCUUGGCUGGGUCCGGUCAGAGUGAGACUGUCUUAAAAGCGCACUGGCAACGUGAAAUGUCAAGGCUGUUCCCUCAGGGCUUGGCACCCGGCGAAGAAGAGAGCCUUGACUUCGGUGCCGUUGAAACAGUUUGUCGAAGCUUGCAUAUCAAUUGUUCAAAGAACAUGCUUCGAGCUCAGUUCUCCAAGGCUGAUCUUGGCAGCAAGGGUCGACUUAACUUUUCAGAGUUUCAGAACUUUGUCGCUCGUCUAAAAGAAAGGAAAGAUAUCAAGGACCUGUUUAAAACGUGGGCCGCGAAUGCCCAGGGAGGUCUCACCGUCGACGAAUUUCUGGCUUUUCUCCGCGACGCGCAGCAAGAAGAUGUUGAUACCGAUCGAGCCUAUUGGGUUUCAGUUUUUGACAAAUAUGUUCGAAAGUCCAAGCCGCGAGCACCAAGUCUCCCAGAAGGUGUGGAACGUCAGGCUUUUCGAAUGAGCCUGGAAGCCUUCUCUGCCUUUCUCUCAUCCAACUGGAACGGAAUAUACGCAUCUCGCCCUCCUCAAUCGCGAUUUGACCGACCCCUCAAUGAGUAUUUCAUUUCCAGCUCCCAUAACACGUACCUGUUGGGCCGUCAAGUUGCCGGCGCUUCCAGCACAGAGGCGUAUAUCAGCGCUCUGUCACAGGGUUGCCGAUGCGUCGAGAUUGACUGCUGGGAUGGUGCCGAUGGCCGCCCGAUCGUUUCGCAUGGACGGACGAUGACAACCAGUGUUCUCUUCGCCGAUUGCAUUACCGUCAUCAACCGAUACGCAUUCAUCACCUGCGACUUCCCCCUGAUCCUCUCACUCGAGGUUCAUUGCAAUCCCGAACAGCAGCUGGCGAUGGUCAAGAUCAUGAAAGACACUUUUAAGGAACGACUCGUCCUGGAGCCGCUCUUGACAAAUAGCUUUGUCCUCCCAUCACCAGAAGAACUGAAGGGCCGGAUUCUCGUCAAAGUCAAAACAUGUGACGAGACCCUCGAGGGAGUGCGGCAAGAUACCUCGACGACUUUUGCGAGCACUGGUCGGAAGCGCAGCUCAAGUUCCCCAUGGAUGCGUCCUAGCGUCCCUGAGAAUCCUUUGUUCAUGAACCUUCCUCCUCUCUCCAGUCCUGCGACCAUUGGCCAGGAGAGUGUAGGGCCGUUCGUUUCACAGGAUAGACGGUCUUUCACCACCACAAGUAUGAGCAGCGCGACAGAAGACAGCGAUGGCGCGUUGGUGUCAGUCAAGAGAGAAAGGCGACGUCAGAAGAGCAAGAUCACGAAGCCUCUAUCAGACCUUGGAGUUUACACCCGUGGCUACAAAUGGCAUAGUUUCUCGUCUCCCGAGAGUCAGCGGUUCAACCAUGUUUACUCCUUCGCGGAGCGGGCUUUCGAGAGCAUCUGCCGUGACGCGGAGAAUAAGGCGCUGUUGGAAAGACAUAAUCAAAAAUACCUCACGCGAGUCUAUCCGUCCGGGUUUCGUUUGCGUUCGUCCAAUUUCGAUCCGCUCAAGUUCUGGCGACGCGGCGUGCAAAUGGCAGCCUUGAAUUGGCAAACGUACGACAUCGGAAUGCAGCUGAACCAAGCCAUGUUUGCGGCUGGAACUGAUCGCACUGGCUACGUCCUCAAGCCCGAAGCACUUCGUCUCCCACCUUAUGAGCAAGCGAGCACGGCGUCCACCGAACGGAAGCUGGUUCGGUUCUCAGUGGAGGUCAUUUCCGCUCAACAACUUCCUCGACCACGUACCAUGGGACCUGACGACAAUAUCAACCCAUAUGUGGAAAUUGAGAUGUUCAGCGCAGACGAUCGCGGCCAGAGUUUUGUCGUCGGAGAAGGAGGCAUGAAUGCUUCCGCGCGGAACGGCGUGUCGGGCAUUGGCUAUCCGCAUCGUCGGCGCACAAAGAUCGAGCAGAGCAACGGAUACAGCCCAACUUUCAAUGAUCGUUUCAAGCUAUCGCUCGAGACCAAGUAUCCAGACCUGGUGUUCGUUCGCUGGACUGUUUGGAGCUCACUGGAUGGGCGCAGUGCUGGGAACAACAACAGUGUUCAAUUGGCCACUUUCACUGCCAAACUGAGCAGUCUGUCUCAGGGUUACCGUUAUCUGCCACUGUACGAUCUGGGCGGUGAUCAAUAUCUGUUCUCCACCCUAUUCUGCAAAAUUACCAAGGAGGAGCCGGUGCCGGUUCAACGACUAGGCGCCGAGGAACUUCGAGCCGAGCGUCUGGGGAUCCUUCGUCAGAUUGGUCAAACAGUGUUCAAGCGUGGUUCAUCGACAGACAGAUCUGAAAAGGGUAGCGAGACGCCUGCAAGUCCAGACGACAAGGAUACGUCUCCGGCGUUGACGCCUACUGUUUCAACGACGUCCACAUCAUCUCUGUUUCUUUGA